AUGCCGGAUCUUCUUAUUCCUGCCCUGUCAGCCAUUCGUCGAGGAGGCAGAUUUAUUCCCCUCUCCAAGGGAGCUGAUAAACCUGGUCUCCGGCCAAUUGUCAUCGGUUCUGCACACCGUCGACUCGCGACGAAGCUUGCUUUGGCAGCGAUUCGCUCAUUUCUUGACCAGCACUUCCUCUCGUCUCACCCUCGAGCGAUUCAGUUCGGACUCGAUCGAGACGGCUGUCUGAAGUUCUCGCAAACCGCGUCAGCGCUCCUGCCCCUUCACGCUCGCGGUGAUGAUGAGGAUGUUGCCAACCCCACAGUGCUGGUGAGUUUGGAUGCAAAGAACGCCUUCAACUCCCUCGACCGCCAGGCUCUCUUCGAUGCAAUCGAGGGACAGCUUUUUCCCUCUGUUCGAGUCUUGGCCUAUGCUGACAACGUCGUGCUUGUCGGUCCACUCGAGGAUGCCGUUGCAGCUACGUCCGCUAUGAAGAAGUACAUGUUGGCUGAUCUGAAGCUCGAGAUUCAACCUCGCGAGUCGAAAGUUUACAUCCCCUCCUGGCAUCAACACCCUGAUCUCUCGCAGCUGAAGAAGAGCCUUAAGCGCCGUCUCAAGACUCAACUUCUUCACUUCGAGGCUAGUCAGCUCCGAGCGAAGGUUUCUACCCUCAACGAAGAGCUCUCGAAGCUCGGGCUCGUCCAGCAUGGCUUCAUGUUCAAGACGCUGAAACAUCCUCUGGCGACCUUCUUCGUUGAGGCGCACGACUUCGUUCAUAAUGCUGGAGCGAUCCUCUACCGUCGUCGUGAUAUCCUCACCUUGCACAGCCGCAGGACACACUCGCUCAAGUCGCAGGAUAGGGUCUUGCAGUCUACCAUCUUCGCUCAUUUUCCUGAGCGAGACCUGAGCCACUCUCCGAUGCGAGUCUCGAGCUACUACCCCCUCAAGGCCUUCCCGCACCGCUAUGCUCAGAUGCUCGACUGCUAUCUCCAUGGCAUGCCGAUCUGCCAGUGUCCGACGAAAUGUGAUGGAUGUCAGCGCGAGCUCGACCCCUCCGUUGCUGCACAUCAUCUCCAGACCUGCAAACGCCGAUCCUCCAAGCUUCCCACGGCGCAUGACAACCUUACUCGUACGAUUCGGUCGAUGCUGAACGAAGCUGGUCUUCAGAGCGUCAUCGAUACAGUGGGGGAUCCUCGUUCUCGACGGCAGGUACCCUCCCAUCCUCAUGGCCGCAAGAUGAAGGGCGAUAUCCACAUCCCUGGAAUCCGCGAUCGAGGGUCCGAGCAGUACGAGGGCUUGAUGGCGGACGUGACGUUGGUCCACCCUUACAUUGGUAGCUCUGCCGACCUGACCAAGUGGGGGGAGGUCAACCUCGACGCCCUCCAUGUUGCAGCGUCUGAGAAGAUUCGCAAACAUCGCGCUGCAUAUGCUAUGCCUACUCCUCCUCGAGCGUUCAUCCCUCUUGCCAUCUCGACGGACGGUACCCUGCAUCCUGACACCCUCCGCUUCAUCUGGUAUCUGGCGGACAUCAUUGCUCAGCGCUCGAUGCCUCUUGAGGAUGCGGCGUUUGGUCGGCACUUCGUGCCUGAUGACGGACCUGCUGCUGAGGUCUUGGCUCGCAAACGCGCCGCCACCUAUCAGCGCCUCACCAUGCAGCUGACGCUGGAAGCGCUCUUGUCUGGUGCGAGGCGCAUGACGCCCUUGCGGGCGCAAGCACUUCUCGAGCCAGAGGACAGCUCCUCCUCGGACUUUGUCGAGUCGCCCGAGGAGUCUUCGCCGGAGGUCUCCGACUCCGAUGGGGGAAACCCUUCGAGUGGCCCCGACGAUCGGCGCGGAGCUGGCGACUCGGAGGCGUCUCCGUCCCUCACAGUGACGUCGGGUGCCUCCGGAGAGCUCGACACCACUGGGGCUGCUUGUCUGCGCGGCUUCGCGCUUGGGCUGGCGCUGCCGCGUCUGGCUUCUCGCUGUGGACUGUGUGCCUGCCGGUUCAGCUUGUUCCUGCUUUGUUUUGCUUGA